AUGGCGGCCUCCACCGCUCCCUUGGUAUUCUUUUCCACUUCAACACCACCAAGACACUCGGUCGCCGUCUCCUUGUCGCCGUCGAUUCUACUACGUCCCCGCCGUUUCCGUGCACCGGUGCGCGUGAAUUCAGUCUACUCAGCUCCCGGAUCACUGUCCCUGGACAGCGGAGGUCACAGCUCCAUGGCUGCUCCACCGGCGGCCCCUAAGUGGGCUCAGAAGACCAUCACCCUUCCUCCGCAGCGGCGAGGCUGUCAUCUUAUUACUUCAAAGAUUUUGAAAGAGAUUGAGCCUGAUCUAUCUCAGUUCAGCUGUGGCCUUGCUCAUCUAUUCCUGCACCAUACCAGUGCUUCGCUUACCAUCAAUGAGAAUUACGACACUGACGUUCGGGCUGACACUGAGACUUUCCUCAACACCAUAGUCCCCGAGGGGAAUUCCGCUCCUUGGAGACAUACACUUGAAGGUCCAGAUGACAUGCCCGCACACAUUAAAUCAUCAAUGUUUGGCUGCGCUCUCACGAUCCCAAUCACAAAUGGAAAGCUGAAUAUGGGCACAUGGCAGGGAAUAUGGUUGUGCGAGCAUCGUGACUACCCUACUGCACGAAAAGUUGUGGUGACACUCAAUGGAAUAUAA